AUGGUGGUAACAAAAAUAGGAAACCUGACAGCCCAUCUCCCUAACCCCCAUGACAUAGGAAAACCAUACUUGAAUAAUAAUCGCUAUGCUCGCGAGGAAGUUGUUGACUAUUACUACUAUUUGCUUCAACCUGGACACAAACGUAAAAUACUGACAGAUGUAGAAAGGGCAUUGCGAAGGGUGCAAAAAUAUACUGCCUCUACAAAGCCAUCAGAAGUUGGAUAUAUAGAACCAAAGCUGAAGAAGCGGAAAAAAAGUUGGCUACUUCAAGCUUUAUCAGAGGAGAACUAUAAUGAAGGCGAAACAAAUGUGAACUUAUCAACAACAUCAACUCAUAAGUUGCAAAAACAAUUGGAUUGCAUCUAUUGUCAUGCCAUGAGGCUUGAAUAUGAGCCACCAACAUUUUGUUGCGCAAGUGGAUAUAUUCAGUUGGCCCCCGACGAAGUUGGAGAGGACUUAUACAAAUUAUUUACAGAUGAGUCCAAAGAAGCCAUCCUAUUUCGGAAACAUAUUCGAGCGUAUAAUAGCAUCUUUGCUUUUACAUCAUUUGGAGUACAACUCAACAAAGAACUGGCAUCUUCAAGGAAAGGCAUUUACAGCUUUAAGGCGCAAGGACAAAUCUAUCACGACCUACCAUCAUUGAUCCCGAAGGAUGACAGGCCACGUUACUUCCAGCUAUACUUCUAUGAUACAGAUCAUGAAGUCGCCAACAGAAUGUCAAUACUACAAGAUGCUAAUUUAUCCGAGGAAGUCAUGAAAAAAAUCAGGAAAAUAAUGGAGCAAAAUCCAUAUGCAAAAUUUUUUACACAACUAAAGCAUCAUUCAAAUUUUCAGAACUUAGAAAUACGCAUAGCUGCAAAUGCUUCUUUAGAUCAACGGGUGUAUAACAAACCUUCAGUAGAUCAAGUUGCGGCAAUUUGGGUAGACGGAAACAAUCCAAAUAUCUCAUUUGAAAGAGAUAUUGUAGUACACGAACAUUCCGGGAACAAACAUCGAGUAAAACAUUAUUAUGGUUGUUAUGAUCCUCUACAGUAUCCAUUGAUUCUACCAAAUGGUGAAGGAGGUUGGCAUCAAGGAAUAGUGAAAUCUCACAAUCCAAAUAUCACCAUUCCUACAUAUACAACAACAGCUGCCAACAUAUGCCCUCGAUCAUAUGCCAGUGCAACAGAGGUUUUGAACAAUGAAGAACAAGUGGACAUGUACAUAAAAUUGGAAACCACGCGACUUGAAUAUUAUAGAUUCGAACAAUCAAAUUACAGAAGAGAGAUAUUACAAGGUAUCGUUGAUAGUGUUACGGCAGGCGAAUGCAGAGGAGAGAAGGUCGGGCAAAGGGUCUUACUACCAGGGUCAUUCAUUGGAGGCCCGAGGGAUAUGCGACGACGCUAUAUGGAUGCUAUGGCACUGGUACAAGAGUAUGGAAGACCAGAUCUAUUUAUCACCAUGACGUGUAACCCUGAAUGGACAGAGAUUCAAGAACAACUAUGUGCGGGGCAAGUCGCUCAAGAUCGUCCAGAUUUGGUGACUAGAGUGUUUAGGGCAAAAUUGCAGGACCUGAAAGACCAAAUAUUUAAAAAGGAAAUUUUUGGCCCGACAGCAGCACAUGUUUUUGUAGUUGAAUUUCAGAAGAGAGGCCUACCACAUAUACACCUACUACUAAUUUUAAAACAAGGUCAUAAAAUAACAUCAGCAGAUCAGUAUGAUCGAUAUAUUUCGGCAGAGUUGCCUGCUAAGGAUAAGCAGCCAGAAUUACAUGAAUUGGUUAUUAAGCAUAUGAUUCAUGGUCCUUGUGGUAUAAAACGACAAUCAAGUCCAUGUAUGAAGGACGGACAAUGUAAGUUUCACUACCCCCGAGCAUUCAACAACAAAACAAUACAAAGGAGAGAUGGAUAUCCUAUUUACCGAAGAAAAAAUGAUGGGAGGACAAGCGAGGUUCGAGGAAUGAAGAUGAAUAAUCAGUGGGUUGUCCCUUAUAAUCCAUAUUUAUUGAAGAGAUAUAAUUGCCACAUUAAUGUAGAGGUUUGCUCAGGUGUUAAAGCAAUAAAGUACCUGUACAAGUAUAUAUAUAAAGGACAUGAUAAGUGUGCAGUUUACAUUGAGUCAGACGAGGGUGAAAAAUUCAUAGAUGAAAUUCGAAGCUUUCAAGAUGCACGUUGGGUGUCACCACCUGAAGCGAUGUGGAGGAUUUACGAGUUUACUCUAAGCGAAAUGCAACCAGCUGUUAUAAACCUACAACUACAUCUACCCGGUAAACAAGCAGUCUACUAUUGGAAGAAGCAAAAUCUUCAAAAUAUUGCAGGCUCCCAGUUUGUACAACAAACUAUGCUUACUGAGUAUUUCAGGAUGUGCUUGAAUGACACUGACGCUCGCAAUUAUCUAUAUAGAGAAUUCCCCAAGCAUUAUGUUUGGAAUUCCCAAUCUAAAGUUUGGACUAAAAGAAAAUCGCGCUCCGUGAUCGGCAGAAUAAAUGUUGGUAAGUAUUACACUUUGAUAUGUGGCAUUUAUGAGUUAAACAAUAAACUAACUAGGAUGAUCGAAAUCACAGCUAAUCCUAGAGAAGGAGAAAGGUAUUACGAGAGAUUAUUAUUAAAUCAUGUUCGAGGUCCGACAUCAUUUGAAGACUUACUCACUGUUAAUGGAAUACAUUGUCAUACUUUCAAAGAAGCUGCCAAGGAAAGAGGUUUAUUAGAAUCAGAUGAUAGCAUUUCAGAAUGCUUACGCGAGGCUGUAAUCUUUAAGAUGCCUGUAGCUCUUCGAAUGUUGUUUGCGACAAAUUUAGUUCAUUGCAACCCAACAGAUGUAAGAAGACUAUGA